AUGGCCCCGACCACCAUCAAUCCGGCCAACCUUACCCGAUCUGCUUUCAACCCAGGAGUCUCGGCGGAAUGCCCUGCCCCCUACACCCGUCUGAUCGAGUUCCAGACCCCCGGAUGCGGCCCGCAGUUCUUCAUGCGGUUUAAACUGCAUUUCGUCCCUGACCAACAUCCCGUCUUGGCUUUCUGUAACGCCAGCGGCAAGAUCUAUUUCUGGGACUUUGAGCAGAUUACCGGCUUCCACCACUACGUCAACGCUCUCAGGAGGCCGAGGCGAGACGGCGAGGAGCCUGUGUCGAAGCCGAACUGGCUCAAUGCCAUCACCCACAGGAGCACCGGCAACGCCAAGUCGGGGCUGACCGUCCGGGAGAGGAAGGCGGCGGACAAGGUCCAUCGCACAGAACUCGAGCAGGCACCUGAGCUGAAGGGCCAGUUCAACCAGGAGACACUGGACAUGUGGAACGGUAAAUACAGCGUGAGCAACCCUCAAGUGCCUCUAAAGCCCCAUAAGAUAGAGAACUGUGGCGCAUCGACGUUUGUGGGUAGACAGGUGGCGUGGAGUCCGGGAGGCCAGUGGUGUGUCGUUGUGGGCAGCUCCAACUUCGCUCUGGUGCUGCAGAGAUGGGCGCCUUCCAAAAAGGAGGGGUGA